UCUGUGUUUAACAGCUCUACCUCUGGUAGAGAAGAUUUUUCCAUUUACAGUAGAAAUUCUCUUCAAGGAACACGUCCUCCACUUUUUGGUCAAGAAAUGUUUGCUGUGACAAACUGACAAAUCAUAUUUUUUUCGUGUUUGAGAUCCCAUUGAUGCGAUUUAACAGAAUCAAGAAGAGCAACUAUGAGUUUAACAGCAGCAGCGAGUGGAUUUGUUGUCCUUCUUUUCUGCGUACCAGUGGUUCAGGGUCAGGAUGACUGGGGAGUGACUUUCACUUCUACUGAGAUCUGUGCUGUAAAAGGAGCAACAGUGGAAAUGAGCUGCGAUUACAAACACCCAACCUACAUGUAUGGCAAUAAUCUCACAGUUCAGGAAACAUUCUGGUUCAUUAAAGACCUUGUGGAUCUGACAACAGUUAAAGCCUACACAGAUCGAGUGCAGUACAGCUGUGAUGGGAAGAGAUGCACUCUGAGAAUCAGAGACCUGAGAAAGAGCGAUUCAGCUGUUUACAAGUUCAGGUUCAUAACAAACCCACCUGAAGGACGUUAUAGUAGUCCAACUGGAGUCACUUUAUCUGUCACAGAUCUGCAUGUAUAUGUGCCAGACUUAAAUUCCUACAAGAAAACGCUGACAUGCCACAGUGACUGUCCUUUACCUGCUCAUCCUACCUAUGUCUGGUACAAAAAUGGACAUGAUAUUGGGAUAGCGACACGUUUUCAUUCAGGCAACUUUCAGUACGAAGACGGCAUUUCUUGCGCUCUAGGAGGAUUUGAGGAUUUCCCUUCAGAUUCAGUCUGUGUCCGCAGUAAAUACUGCAACAAAGUGAACUACAAUAACAGAAGAAUCUGUGCUCUCAGAGGAUCGUCGGUGGUCAUUUCUUGCACUUACCAGAGUUAUAGAUCUGCCAAAUCAUUAUUUUGGUUUAGUCCUCAACAAAGUCAUCAGUGGUCAAGUUCCUCUAAACCUGAGGACAUCAGCAAAGACUCCCAGUAUGGAGGUCGAGUUCAGGUCGAUACAUGGAGUCGAGGCUCCUCACUGACAAUCAGAGAGCUGAGAGAAACUGAUUCAGCUGAAUAUCGCUUCAAAUUUAAAACCUCGAUGGAUGAAUGGGAAAGUGAUUUACAUGGAACAACUGUGACAGUCACAGCUCUCCAGGUGCAUGUGACCAGAAUAUCAGACUCUCAGCGUUACACCCAUUUACAGCUGAAGUGUCUCAGCAGCUGCACUCCAUCUGGUCAUUCCUACGUCUGGUUUAAGAAUGGACAGAAAAUGAAUGUGGUGACAUCUUCUUUGGAAGACUGGUUUUAUCUUGGAGACAGAAUCUCCUGUGCUCUGAAAACACAUGAGCAACACGCAUCACCUGAAGUGUAUCCUCCAAAGCCUCCCUCUCUGUCAGCGAGUCCCUCUGCUGAGAUAAUGGAGGGAAGUUCAGUGAAUCUGACCUGCAGAACUGAUGCUAACCCAGCAGCUAAUUCCACCUGGUACAAGAGGAAUGGAAAUCCAGCCCUUCAGUCUCUCAGUAACGAGUCACAGCUUGUCUUCAGCUCCAUCCAGUCCUCAGACUCUGGACUCUAUUACUGUACAGUGGAGAAUACGCUGGGCAAGAGGACAUCUAAAGACAUUGGUAUUGAUGUGAAAUAUGCUCCAAAGAUUCCCUCUGUGUCAGUGAGUCCAUCUGAUGCUCCACAGCUUCCCUCUAUGUCAGUGAGUCCCUCUGGUGAGAUAAUGGAGGGAAGUUCAGUGAAUCUGACCUGCAGCAGUGAUGCUAACCCAAAAGCUACUUGCACCUGGUACAAGGGGAACCAAACACUUCAAGGACAUCGAGGCAUUUUUUACCUCACCUUCACCAGCUCUGAGGAUAGUGGGACCUAUUACUGCAGGUGUGAAAAUAUAUAUGGGCAGAUCAACUCGACACCUGCCUUCAUAGAUGUCCAGUAUGCUCCAAAGCUUCUCUCUGUGUCAAUGAGUCCAUCUGGUGAGAUAGUGGAGGGAAGUUCAGUGAAUCUGACCUGCAACAGUGAUGCCAACCCAGAAGCUACUUACACCUGGUACAAGGAGAAUGAAGACUCAUCAAAAGCAUCAGGACGGACCUUCACCAUCACUAAUGCGACACCACAACAUAGUGGGAAAUACUACUGUGAAGUCAGAAACAGCAGAGGACACCAUAACUCCUCCUUAGAUUUGAUCAUUGUGCCUGGACCUUUGAAAUCAGCGGCUGUUGGAUCAAUCACUGUUAUUGUUCUGGCUAUCAUAUUCUUGUCUGCCUUCCUAUUGAUUAGAAGACAGUGGUCCUUGAAAAAAACGUCAGAGUCCAGAGAGAACCCAGACAAUACAGCACAGCAGGAUGUAGACCCACAAUACGACACCCCUUCAGCUGCAGUGAAGAGAGAACCAGCAGAGCAGCAGGACGACCUUUACUACAGCAGUGUUCGUUUCUGUAAGAAGCAGGAAGAUCCCCUCUACUCCAACAUUAUGCUUGCUUGGCCCAAACAACAAAAGGAGGAAGAGGAGGAGGAAGAUGUGGAGUACACUGCUGUCAGCUUUAACAAUGGCAGUCCAGGAUGGAGGCAUCAGGAAGCUGUGGAGAACCCAUCAGCAGUGUACAGCACAGUCAACAAAAACCACAGGCUAUGAACACAAAUCUCUGUCCCUCUUCCAACCCUACAUGCUUGACGUUUCCAUGAAAACGUUACAGAGUUUGUGCUGGUGCCUACCUUGUUAACAGGACUUUACAGAUAUUUAUGCAUAAACAGUCUCAAUCAGUUCACACAUGUGGUUCAUUGAUGCACCGUUAUUGGUAGCCUACUAGUCUCACUGAGCCAGCCUAUUCUGUAGCACAUAAUCAUGUUUUUUUCCCUGUUAAAAGGGUGUUUUCCUUGCCACUGUCGCCUUUUGGCUUGCUCUGGGGGUCAGGCAUAUGGGUUCUGUAAAGCGUCUCGAGACAAUUUGACUGUAAUUGGCGCUAUAUAAAUAAGAUUGAAUUGAACUGAAUUGAAUAAUGAUAAUGCAUCAUGGACUGGCUGUACUUCCUUCUGCUAGAGGGCGAAAAAAUACUUGUUUGUACUUCUUUAAAACAAUCACAGUGUUUGUAGGUGGAGCUAAGGUGUUCCAUCAAAAAAUAGUGACAGGUGAGACUGUUGUGGUGGAACAUUUGCAUGUACUGUGAUUUAAAGUGGAUAAUUUUGGCUCCCUGUUAAAUCUAGAAUAGAAUUCAAAAUCCUUCUUCUGACAUAUAAAGCUCUUAACAACCAGUCUCCGUCAUAUCUUAAAGACCUGAUAGUACCAUAUUACCCUAGCAGAACUCUUCGCUCUCAGACUGCAGGCUUACUUGUUGUUCCUAGAAUCUCUAAAAGUAGAAUGGGAGGCAGAGCCUUCAGUUAUCAGGCGCCUCUCCUGUGGAACCAGCUCCCAGCUUGGGUUCGGGAGGCGGACACCCUCUCUAUUUUUAAGACCAGGCUUAAAACCUUCCUUUUCGACAAAGCUUAUAGUUAGGGCUGACUGGGUGACCCUGACGGGGUGAGCUGGUGUUUUCAUUUGCACAACUGACUUCCCCUCUUGACGUCCCUUUAGUUUGCCCCUAGUUAUGCUGCUAUAGGCCUAGACUGCUGGGGAACCUCUCUGGAUGCACUGAGCCCUUCUCUAACUACCUAUGUAUUUACUAUAUAUACCAUUAUUGCAUUACAUUCACUCUGUUUCUUUAUGUGUCCUUUCUCCGAGUGUCCCUGGUCCCAGAGCUGGAUGCUGGAUGCUUCAGAUGUGUGGCUGUGUUUUAUGGUCCUUGUGUCCCACCCCCCACCUCUCUAUCUCUACCCCUCUAUCUGUAUCCCUCUAUCUCUACCUCUACCCCUCUAUCUCUACCUCUCUACUUCUUCUGUCCCUCUCAACCCGCCCGGCCAGCAGGCAGAUGGGUCCCCCCACAUUAGAGCCGGGUUCUGCUCGAGGUUUUUUUCCCUGUUAAAAGGGUGUUUUCCUUGCCACUGUCGCCUUUUGGCUUGCUCUGGGGGUCAGGCAUAUGGGUUCUGUAAAGCGUCUCGAGACAAUUUGACUGUAAUUGGCGCUAUAUAAAUAAAAUUGAAUUGAAUUGAAUUGAAUAAUUUAUUGAAAAAUAAACAAAACAAAAAAAUAGCAGGACUGCAUUACUGCAUGGUCCAAAUGAUCGGCAAGACUUAAAAUUUUUCAUGUGGUAGGUUGCUGUCAGGAGGUCGUGUCUCAUACUGAAAUGGAUUUUUGAAAAAGUUACCAUGUAUAUAGCGAAUGGAGAGGACAAAGCUGACCAGAGGCAGAUUUAUACCUUCAGUAUCACCUGGCAAGUCAGAAUAGUAGCCUAAUGGAACCUGUAAUAACUUUUUUCCCUUUCCUAACCUUCUGAUUGGCCAAUAUUGCUCUGGGGUUUAGGUUUAUGUUACCGCCUCUUGAUUCGCCAUACUCUUAACAAUGCUACAGUUUUGUGUUUCUAUGUGGAGGGAGUCUUUUUGGGGCAACAGUGGAGAAAGAACCCUUUUUUAAAGAAAAAAAGACCCUUAAUGUGUGUGGACUAGGCCUUAAACUGAUAUUUAUUUACUGUGGUUUGGAUUGUCUUUUCAGUAUGUGGCUUAUUUCACACCCUUUUAUACCCUUUGGCAAUAAUUUCAUAAACUGUCUUGACUGCACUGAUCUAUUUUGUUAUAUAUGUUGAUAUUUUACAAAAUAAACAGAUUCAUUUAAUGAGUA